AUGUUGCACAAUGGCCUCGUCAAGUGCCUUCACACAUCUUGCUUCAACUUCUUUGGGUCAAAGAGUGGCCUGAAUGCGCAUUUGAAGAUCAGGGGUGGUGAUCACCAAUGUGCCGACCGUCUGGCCUGUCCCGGCUGUCAGCGCAGCGACGCAGUGAUGACCAUGUCAACAACAUUACCAGACCCUAAAGAACAGUCUUCGGGCACUGCCAAUCCUAAAUUGUUGUGUAAACAUGAUGGAUGCACCCUGGAGUACAGGAGAUUCACUGACCUACAUAUCCACUGCCGAUCAAUUCACCAAUGUGGAUGGACGUAUGCCACAUGUCCAAACGAUCGCUUUCAUCGCAAGAGAGUAUAUACGGUCUCGCCCGAUGACACUGCCUCCAUUGAGAUGAUGCUGGCCGAUGGACUCUUCAAGUGUUUGCACACAUCCUGCCUGUACUUCAUGCCAACGGAGGAUGCGAAUCAUGCACAUCAGGCACACGUGGAUCACCAUUGCACCGACUAUAAAACAUGUAUUGGAUGUCUGAAUCGAGCCAACACAGUCAGGUCCCGCAAAAGAUCUUUAGACUACACCGAAGUCGAUGAUACCGAUGAUGACAAAGAGGUUGAUGGUGAUGAUGAUAAUGCAGUAGGCACCAUUUCAGAAUCUACACCAAAGUUACAAUGUCUACAUGACGAUUGCACCGCUAUGCACAACCGAAUGAUCAACUUGCGCAAUCACUGCGCGUCCAGUCAUGAAUGUACGCACACCUAUGCAAGCUGUCCCAAUGAACGGAAGAACAGGAUCGAUUUCUUUGAUACACCGCCAGAGGACGUGGAGUCAAUCACAAUGAUGAAGGCCGACGGAAUGAUCAAGUGUUGGCACACCUCAUGCAACAAAUGGUUCAGACACCGUCAUGCAGUCAUAUGA